CUGGGCUGCAAGGACACGCAACAGCCCAGACGAGCUGCCGGGCUGUGAAUGAGUGCCACAUCAGCCACAAGCCAUGCUUUGCUACCACUGCUUGAGCCUGAACAAGAGGACCAAGAGGGCUCUGAGAUACACAUGUCUGUUUUGUGGUAUGCAGGGCAGCUGGCAAUUACUUAUUAUGAUACGGAAGAUUGCUCAGUCUACUUCAUGCCUGAGAUGCCUGAUAAUGAAGACCUCAAGCUACUGCAAAAGGUGACUGGGGAACUCAAUCCUCAAUGCAUAGUGACCAGUGCAAAACAGGACCAGAAUAUUGCCAAAUUCCUGACCAACCUAACAGCUACUGCUGGUGAUAAAGACACUGGAAAACCAGAAAUUGUCCUGUUUCCUAAUGUAGAUUUUGGUCUAGAAGUCAGCAAGCAACGGAUCCUAUCUAGGCAAUUUCCAUUUAUUCCAUCUCAUAUGACUGCAACAGAGAAAAUUCUCUACUUGUCCUCAAUCAUCCCUUUUGAAAGUCCACUCAUGAUACGAGCCUUAGGGGGCCUCCUUAAGUUUCUGGACAGGAGAAGGGUUGGAGUUGAGCUUGAAGACAGCAGUAUAGCAGUUCCUAUUUUGGCCUUUAAAAAAUUUGUGCUGUCAGAUACUGUGAAUAUGGACCAAGACACUUACUGUGUCCUGCAGAUAUUUAAAAGUGAUAUCCAUCCUUCUGUGUACAAGCUGUCCAGUGGACUAAAAGAAGGAUUCAGCUUAUAUGGAAUUUUAAACCGCUGCAGAUGCAAAUGGGGAGAAAAACUUCUGAGGCUGUGGCUCACACGACCUACCCGGAACUUGACAGAGCUGAACAAACGGCUAGAUGUUAUCAACUUCUUCCUGAUGGCUCAGAACCAUGAAACAGUCCUCACUCUUCAAAACUGCCUCAAGAAUAUUAAAAAUGUGCCUCUUAUUCUAAAAAGAAUGACUCUUUCCAACACAAAAGUUAGUGACUGGCAAGCACUCUAUAAAACAGCAUACAAUGCAGUGUGCCUUAGAGACACGUGUCGUUCUCUGCCCAACACUAUUGAACUUUUUCAGACUAUUUCACGUGUCUUUACUGAUGAUCUGCACUACAUUGCUAAUCUAAUCAGCAAAGUGGUAGACUUUGAAGACAGCCUUUCACAGAACCGCUUCACUGUUAGACCCAAUGUGGAUGCCACUGUGGAUGAGAAGAAACGAAAGCUGAUGGGACUGCCAGACUUCCUUACAGAAGUGGCACGAAAAGAACUGGAGACUUUGGACGAUCAUAUUCCCUCCUGCUGUGUGAUCUACAUUCCUUUGAUUGGGUUCCUUCUCACCAUUCCACGGCUACCAGAUAUGGUGGAUAAGAGUGACUUCGAAAUUGAAGGCCUGGACUUCAUGUUCCUGUCAGACGAAAAACUGCACUACAGAAGUGCUCGGACUAAGGAGCUGGACAGCCUGCUGGGUGACUUGCACUCUGAGGUCAGAGACCAGGAAACACUUAUCAUGCACCAGCUGCAGACAAAGAUCUUGGAGAAGUCUGAAGUCCUUAACAGUGUGAUUGAGUACACUGCACACCUGGAUGUGCUCCUAGCUUUGGCAGCAAUGGCCCGGGAGAACGCCUACUGCCGACCUCACUUUACUCACCGCCACGGCUUCCACAUCAAGGACGGAAGACAUCCACUCAUGGAACUGUGUGCAAAGACUUUCGUGGCCAAUCCCGUGAACAGUGGUGAGGCUACCAGGCGAAUAAAGAUCAUCACAGGGCCCAACUCAUCUGGAAAGAGUGUUUAUUUAAAGCAAGUAGGUCUUAUAGUAUUUAUGGCUCUAAUUGGCAGUUAUGUCCCUGCAGCAGAGGCAGAGAUUGGAGUAAUUGAUGGCAUUUACACAAGAAUCCACAGUAGGGAAUCGGUUUCUGUAGGGCUCUCCACUUUCAUGAUUGAUCUUAACCAGGUUGCCAAGGCCAUAAACAAUGCCACAGAGAGGUCCCUGGUACUUAUUGAUGAGUUUGGUAAAGGGACAAACACACUGGAUGGCCUGUCCCUUCUGGCUGCUGUCCUGAGGUACUGGAUCAGACAAGGAACGCAGUGUCCACAGGUCUUUGUCUCCACUAAUUUUCACAGUUUAAUGCAGCUAGAACUCCUGCCUGACACACCUCUUCUGGAGUAUCUGACCAUGGAGACCCACCAAGAUGGAGAGGAGUUGAUAUUUUUCUAUCAGAUCAAAGAGGGCAUGUCCACUGUUAGUCAUGCUGCCAACAUUGCAGCAUUAGCAGGAAUGCCAGCCAAAAUUAUUGAAAGAGGAGUGGAAAUAUCAGAACUGAUUCGCAAUGGAAAACCUAUCAAAUGUCUUGAUCAUCCUUCAAAAGGAGAUCGGAUGGAAAAAUGCAAGUCCGUUGUAGAAAAGUUUCUUUGCCUAGACCUUGAUGAUCCCCAUGUGGACUUGGAAGAGUUCAUGAGUAAGGAGGUGCUACCUUCUGCAGCCUCAGUCCUGUAA